AUGUCCGAGUACUGGAAGUCCACGCCCCGGUACUGGUGCAAGCACUGCAGCACCUACGUGCGCGACACCAAGCUCGAGCGCCAGAACCACGAGUCGACGGCGAAGCACCAGGGCGCCGUGAAGCGAGCGCUGCGCGACCUACACCGCGGCCACGAGCGUGAAGAGCGAGACAAGGAGCGCGCGAAGCGCGAGAUCGACCGGCUCAACGGCGUCGUCGGCUCGUCGUCCUCCACAUCUGCAUCUGGCGCGGGCCUGUCCUCUAGCAGGCCAAAUGCCUCCGGUGGUGGUGGCGCGUCCCGCGGGCCGUCGACGGAGGCCGAGCGCCAGAGGCAGAUGGAGCAGCUGGCGGCCAUGGGCGUCAGCAUCCCGGAUCAGUUCCGCGGUGACAUGGCGAUGGCUGGAGAGUGGACCGUCACGAACACGCGGGUGAUCAAAGCCGAGGACGAGAACGGUAAAACGAAUAUCGAAGCAAAGGCACUCGGGGUGCGCAAACACGAACGGACAGAAGAACAACGAGAGGAAGAGAAUGCGGUGAACGGUCUUUUCAAAAAGCCCAGGAGAUGGGGCAGAGAUUCAAGGGCUAUGCCAGAAGAUGACGCAGACCUGGACGCGCUAUUGAGCGGUUCACUAGUGAAGAAGGAGCCCAAGCAGGAUACAGAUGACGUUGUCAAGCAGGAGGAACCUGUUGACACAAAGAUAGAGGAGCCACUCCUGGAAAGGCCAGAAGAUGCUGAAAUCAAGAAAGAGUCGUCGGAAGAGGAGGGGGUACCGAACCAAACACCCAAAAGCCUACUUCCUACCACCAGCAGCGCUCCAGAGGUCAAAGAGGAAGAAGGGGCAACUCCAGAGCCCAUAUCUGUAACGUUCAAGAAGAGGAAAUCCAAGAACAUACGUCAGAAAUGA